AUGGAACAACAGAGCACCCUUGGAGUCCUGAAGAUCCCAUCGUACGCCUCGCUCCCGCCCGUCGCUGGGAUGCCGCACGGCUGCACAUGGGGCCUAUGGGACGCGCUCCGCAAAGCCGGCAUCAGCGCCACACCCAACGGCGGCGACGGUAAUGGCCACAAAAAUCAGGAGAAGGAGAAAGACGGCCUCGGUACACUCAACCUCCUGACGCCGGCCGUGAUCCUGGCCGCGAAAGCGGAGAUCCAGCACGGCAUCAGCGUCGCGAUAAACUGGUCGCUGGAAAAUUGCUCGACGCCGCAUUCCGGCCGGCGCCCGCCGCGGCACAAGAUCAUGACCCUGGCCGAGGCCCAGGGCGGGAGCGAGUGGAUUGGCCACGACGACGAGGUGUGGAUGAACACGCAGAGCGGGAGUCAGUGGGACGGGUUUCGACACUGGGCGCACCAGCCGACGGCGUUGUAUUACAACGGUGUGACGCACAAGGAGAUCACAGACUCGAAUGCUCCAGUCAGAAACGGGAUCGAUGAGUGGUCAAGCCGAGGCGGCAUCGUCGGCCGGGGCAUCCUGCUCGACUACCUUUCCUGGGCUGCACACCAAGGCAUUGAAUACUCGCCGAUCGAGCGCCACGCCAUCUCGGAGAAGGACCUCGAGGCCGUCGCGGCGUGGCAGGGUACCAGGCUCCGCCAGGGCGACAUCCUGCUGAUUCGAUCCGGGUUCGUGACCUGGUACAAGGAGGCCAAUGCAGAGGAGAGGCGUCGUGGGACGGUGGAUGGAUCGACCUGGGCUGGUGUCGAGGGCACCAGGGACUCGGUCGAGUGGUUCUGGGAUCGCCAUUUCGCGGCUGUAGGCGGCGAUGCGAACGUGUUCGAGGCGUGGCCGGCCAAGGAGGAACGAUGGCGCCUCCACGACAACCUGAUCGCCCUGUUCGGAAUGCCGGUCGGGGAAAUGUUCGAUCUGGACGAGCUUGCAGAGACCUGCAAGAGGCUGAACAAAUGGAGUUUCCUCUUCACCAGUGCACCCUUGAAUUUUCCGGGCGGCGUGGCAAGUCCUCCAAACGCGAUAUGCAUCCUGUAA